GCAGCGUCCCCGCCUCUGCCCAGGUGUCCCCGGCUCGGGCAGCACCAGCACUCACGCUGCCACCUGCUGCUCCAGCAGCUCCGGCUGCUCCGGGCCGGCGAUUUGGGAACCUCCCGAGGGCACAGCGGUGCUCGGAUGCACAGGUAGAGAAAGGAAAGUUCACUAGAGAGCAAGACAUUUAGUCCAAAAAGAGUAUUGUGAGUGAAUAUGCAAAUUCAACACACACCACCAAGGGCACCAGAGCAAUAGAGGAAGCCAAAAUGAGCCGGAAAAGCAAAAGGAGUUUAAAGGAGAAAUUUUCCUUGAAGAACAGCCUGGUUAAAGAAGCUCUCUCAGAGUUCCUGGGAACUUUUAUACUGAUAGCUCUUGGCUGUGGCUGUGUGGGGCAGGCUGUGCUCAGCCGGGGCGAGCACGGGGGGCCCAUGACGGUGUCCGUGGGGUUUGCCAUGGCAGUCACCAUAGCAGUGUACGUGUCCGGGGGCGUUUCUGGUGGCCACAUAAACCCAGCUGUUUCAUUAGCCAUGUGCGUGACUGGAAGAUUAAAAUGGACCAAAUUACCAAUUUACAUAUUAGCACAACUCCUGGGAGCAUUCAUUGGAGCAGCGGCUGUCUUUGGGAUUUAUUACAAUGCCUUUAUGGAGUACAGCGAUGGAAAACUUGAAGUCACAGGACCUAAUGCAACAGCCCAAAUCUUUGCAACAUAUCCAGCUCCCUAUCUGUCCCUCAUAAAUGGAUUUGCAGAUCAGGUGAUGUCAACAGCUGUUCUUCUUCUGGCUAUAUUUGCUAUUUUUGACACCAAAAAUAACAGCGUACCCAAGGGCCUGGAGCCAAUUGCAAUAGGACUUCUUAUAAUUGUUCUUACUUGCUCCUUGGGAAUGAACAGUGGCUGUGCCAUGAACCCAGCCAGGGAUCUUGGCCCAAGGCUCUUCACAGCCAUUGCAGGAUGGGGCAUGGAAGUAUUCACGGCUGGUAAUAAUUGGUGGUGGAUUCCUAUAGUUGCACCUCUGCUGGGAGGUGUACUUGGAGCAAUGAUCUAUAUCAUUUUUAUUGAAAUUCAUCACUCAGAUACUCAGUCAGGAGAAGAAAAUGAGGUGCAUACUAAAUAUGAAUUGACCAAUAUGGCAUAAGAAGUGAAGAAUUUCCUCUGUCAUUUUGUUGUGCAGUUUUUAUGCAAAUGGUUGUUGGGACCACUGUAUGAAAUCCAUAUGCUUCGAUUAGAAAUUCACCUUUCAAAGCAGAAAUUCUGUAUAUAAGUUCAAAAUUGAAGUCUUUCCAUGAAACAUUGGGUGAUCACAUUCAAAAUUGGUAUAUUGAGAAUGGGAAGGCUAAAUUGUCCUUUUCAUGUGGCUUUUAGGUCAAGUUAUCUCUUAGAUGCAAUUGUAGUGAGAUGAGGCACUGUUCUGUUAAUUCAACUCAUAUGAUCUUAGUCAUGUUGCCUAAUUAACUGAAAAUAGUUGAGAUAUUAAUGCAAAACUGCAUGCAUAGAUAGUUAAUGAGUUCAGUGCUGAAUUAAUGUGCAAGAGCAUCACAUACUUCUUAAGAAUGGUUUGCCUAAACAUUUAAAACAAUAUCCAAUUUGGCUAAAUGCCAAUUGAAACAGUUUAAAAUAACUUCACUAAAUUUUAUGGAGCCACUAUUGAUCAGCAAGAAAUCAAUUCCUCAGUGAUUAGGUUUAGUAACUCACAAUAUGAUCACAAAAGGUAAAAAACUGUUUGUUGUAAGAUCAGCACCAAAGAGACAAAGGGUAACUUCUGAACAGGGUCUUCAGAGCAUUAAUGCUUAGUUAUUUUUAGACUAUUUACUUGACCUUUAUGUUAGCCAAUAUUAAAACCCUUAUGUAGAAUACUAAUCUGAAUCUCUUCCGCUGUGCUUUCUGGAUACAAUUCAUUCCUGUGGAGAUGGCCCAGCAAGAGGCUGAUGCUGUGCAGGGGUCAGCACAAAGCUGAUCUCUGUAUAAGCUUUAAAGAGUCCUGCUGCUGCUGAUUUAUAUAGUUGGAUUUCAUCUGCAUAGUAGGAACAAUUUUUAAUUGAAUUUAAUUUGAAUUUUUAAUUCAAAUUAAAAACUGGUCUCAGAGGUAGUCCUAGAUCUGAAUUCUCCAAGGAAGGCCAGAUCCAUAUCACAAUUCUGAUGUGGGAGUUCCCUCUCACUAAAGAGAAAUGGUUGGACAGAUGCCCUUUCCUAAAUAUCCAGCCUUGAAAAUGAAAUUAUUUCUGCUUAAUCAUUGUGAAUUGAAUGUAUUCAGUUAAAUCAAAGCUUAUUUCUAUUAUUACAUCUAUCCAUGGUUGGUGGUGGUGAUCAUAAAUAAACAGGCAUCUGAUUCAGCAAUGCUCCUGAGCUACUUUUAUGGCUAAACUUCAGAGCACCAGUUCAAUUGCUCUUCCCUUUGGAUUCCUACAACUGUGCUCUUUCAAAUUCCACACUACAUUCCUGAUUUCACUCCUGAAGUAAGGAGUCCUUUGUGUUGCCACUAACUGCCUGUGCACUUCUGUGCAGUAUCUGCAGAAAUGUUUACAAAAUAUUAUGGUCAGAACCUGCUUCAGCAUUUGGGCUGAUCAGGUCUUUAUCACUGCUUGUCUUGAUCACACUCCCUGUGAUGCCAUGCCAAAUUCAUGGCAGGAAAGGGACAGAAAUAGCAGGUCAAGCAAAGCUCUGCUUGCUGCAGCUCCAAGUCAGAUAUUGCAGUAUACUUGGGGGAGUAUAAUUCCAAUUGUAAUUAUGCUUUUAAGAAAACUUACAUAAAACUCUAAUGAACUCAGGCUGCCCAAAGACAUAUCAGCCCUUUGCAAAAUGCUCAUUUCAUUCAGUGUGUCUCUGCUGUGGGUUAAAUUCUGCUAUAUCCAUGCACAUUUGACUGCAUCCUUAUAUCACUGGCUGGAGAGCCUCAGGAACAAGAAGGGAGAGCUUGUGGAAACA